CAUAUAAAUUUUUAUAUAUGGCUAACAUAUUUAAUUUGUUUGGUGAAAAAUCGGAACUUCACAAAGGUCCGAUUAUAAAACCUUUAGCACAAUCAGAAACAACUGCUAACAUAAAUGGAGCUUCUUUGAAAAGUAUUAAUCGGUUAAAAUCAAAAGGAUUAUCAAUUAGAUCUCGCUCUGAUUUAAAUGUACCUCCUAUUAUACAGGGCACUCCUAAUAAACAACAAGAAUUACUAAAGCCAAAAUUAUUACAUUUAAACAAUAAUGGCAAAUUAACAUCACCCAAAAAGGACCUUUCAUUCAAGAAACUAAUUGAAUCUUCUAAUAAAAUAAGAGGAACAUCACCAAACAGAAUACUUAAUACAAAAAAUAUAAGAUUACCAGAAUCAUAUGAUGAAAGUAUUUUUAAAAAACCAUUACCUUUAAAAAGUCACAUUAAGAAAAACUAUCCAAAACCAGAGAGUCUAGCACCAUAUUGUGAUAUGCAAUCUGAAUUUGAUAACAUUUAUACAAAAGUCAUAGAAAAUGAAUUUAAAGAAUUACUUCUAAAAAAGAGAAAUGACAUAAUGCUCUAUAAAGAUGAAGGAUUUGAAUCAGAUCCAGAAUUCAUUGAGUUCGAAAUACCAAAAUUACAUAUAUCAUCCAAAUUAUUUAAUGAAAAAUGGAUACAACAUAAAAUUCCUGAUUUACCAAAAUUAUCAGAUGAAGAAGACAAUUUUUAA